GCGCGCCAUUGCUGGACGGACGAUCCUGUCUCCUUCCCGAAGCUCCUCGUUUCUCGUCCAUCCUCUUUCCGUGGAAAAAUCUAAGCUUGAACGUAAACCAUCUCUCGGCCUUGUACCUGCGGGAGGACGUAAAGGGCAAGAAGCCAUCCGCGAGAUGGGGAAGACGCCGCCAAAGGUUCUCAUGGUGGGCGAGAAGCCGAGCAUCGCUCUCGCAAUCGCCAAUGCGCUGUCGGGUGGCCGUAUGUCUACAAGGCGUGGUGCUACUGAUGUUCAUGAGUUUGAUGGAACGUUUCAAGGUUUCCAUGUUCACUAUAAAGUAACUUCUGUCAUUGGGCAUGUAUUCAGUAUUGAUUUUCCUCCUGCCUACCAAAAUUGGGAAGCAACCGAUCCCAUGGAUCUUUUUGGAGCACCUACUUUAAAAGCAGAAUCAAACCCAAAGGCUCAUAUUUGUAGACACUUGCGGCAAGAAGCACAUGGAUGUAGGUAUCUAGUAUUAUGGCUGGACUGUGAUCGUGAAGGGGAGAACAUAUGUUAUGAAGUUAUUGAUUGUACAGGCAUACGGGAUAUGGAAGGAGGCCAAAGGGUAUUCCGUGCUAGGUUUUCUUCUGUAACUGAGAAGGACAUACUAAGAGCUAUGAACAACCUUGUUGAACCUGAUAAGAACGAAGCAUUGGCUGUGGAUGCUCGACAAGAAAUAGAUUUGAAAGUUGGAGUUGCAUUUACACGGUUUCAGACACGAUAUUUCCAAGGAAAAUAUGGCAACCUUGAUUCAAGUGUUAUUUCCUACGGGCCUUGUCAAACCCCUACUCUUGGAUUCUGCGUUCAGAGAUAUUUUCAGAUUACCACAUUUAAACCUGAAAAAUUUUGGGCCCUGCGUUGUUUCAUCACCAAGAAUGGUUAUGAACUACAACUAGAUUGGGAGCGUGGUAAGGUGUUCAACUUUGAUAUAGCAUCUAUGUUUCAACAAUUGGUGGUUGGUGAUGGGAUGGUGAAAGUGGUUGAUAUAUCAAGAAAGGAGGAGCGCAAAACACGUCCAACUGGUCUGAACACUGUUAAUAUGCUUAAGGUUGCUUCCAGUGCUUUGGGCCUUGGUCCUCACAAUGCCAUGCAACUGGCAGAGCGUCUUUACACUCAAGGCUUUAUCAGUUAUCCGCGUACAGAAAGUACGGCUUAUCCUGCAUCAUUUGAUUUCAAAGGCACCUUAGCUGCUCAGCUGAAUAACCCUUAUUGGGGUGAUGAUGUUAGAAGACUACUAGAUGGUGAAUUUCAUAAGCCACGGUCUGGAUCUGAUGCAGGUGAUCACCCUCCUAUAACUCCAAUGCUUGGUGCAACACAAGAUACAUUAGGAGCUGAUGCUUGGCGAUUAUACCAGUACAUUACCCAGCACUUUAUUGGAACUGUGAGCCCCGACUGCAUCUAUCUAAGGACAAAGGUUGACUUCUCUGCUGGACGGGAAUUAUUCCAUGUUUCAGGUCAAAGUGUCAUAUCAAAGGGAUUCACAUCAGUCAUGCCGUGGUUGGCUGUCAGUGAGAAUAGUAUUCCUGAGUUUUCCAAAGGAGAAGGCAUAAAAAUUUCAAAAGUUGAGCUAUUUGAGGGAUGGACCUCGGCUCCUGAUUAUCUGAGUGAAAGUGAGCUAAUAUCGCUGAUGGAAAAGAAUGGCAUUGGCACAGAUGCAUCAAUCCCUGUUCAUAUAAAUAACAUCUGUGAGCGCAAUUAUGUACAGGUACAUGCUGGGAGAAAGUUGGUUCCAACACCGCUAGGAAUAACACUAGUUAGAGGUUAUCAGUGUAUUGAUCCAGACCUCUGUUUGCCGGACAUCCGCAGCUUCAUAGAACUUCAGAUCACACUGAUUGCAAAAGGCAAAGCAGAUCAUAUCCAUGUUGUGCAACAUGUACUGCUGCAAUUCCAGAGAAAGUUCUCUUAUUUUGUGAAGCAGAUAGAAGGCAUGGAUGCACUGUUUGAAGCUCAGUUCUCGCAUUUAGCUGAUUCUGGUCGCAUGCUUAGCAAAUGUGGCAAAUGUGUUCGCUACAUGAAGUACAUUUCCACACAGCCACCACGAUUAUACUGUGGAACCUGCGAGGAGGUUUAUCAUCUUCCUCAAAAGGGCACAAUUAAGUUGUACAAGGAGCUGGUCUGUCCCUUGGAUAACUUUGAGCUUGUCCUCUUCUCCUUGGCUGGCCCGGAUGCGAAGUCUUUUCCUCUCUGCCCUUACUGUUUCAACAACCCACCUUUUGAGGGAGUAGAUUCGCUCUUUGGAGCCCUUCAUAUUGGGAAGGGUGGGAACUCAGGCAAGUCGGGAAAAGGGAUAGGUAUGCCAUGUUCCCUCUGCCCUCACCCAACAUGCCGACAUUCGAUGAUAUCCCAAGGAGUAUGUGCCUGUCCUGAAUGUGAAGGCACUUUACUGCUUGACCCUGUCAGUGCACCUAAGUGGAGGUUGUGCUGCAACACAUGCAACUGUCUUGUCUCUCUGCCAGAAGGUGCCCACAGAAUCUCUACCACAAAGGAACGAUGUUUGGAGUGUGACUCAACAAUUAUAGAGGUGGAUUUCAACAAGAAAGCAACUCCGCUUAGCGAUGGGUCGACUUUGUACAAGGGUUGUAUCUUAUGCGAUGAGCUGCUGCAUUCGCUUGUGGAGAUGAAACAUGGAAAAUCCUACUUCAAGCGUAUGGGAGGGAGAGCAAGAGGGAGAGGGAGGGGUAGAGGGAGAGGUGGAGGCAGAGGAAGAGGCAGGGGUCGUGGUAGACAGGAGGACCCGAAGAUGAGCUUCCGAGAUUUUUGAUAUGACAAAUUGGAGGAUAGAAAAUUCACGCUGCAGUCAAGUGAAAUUCAUCAUUACAUCCCAUGAAUUCUUCCCUUCUUCCAGGCCUCCAGUAUGAGCAGCAGAUAAUAAAUUUGUCGGCUGGCGGCCAAGUCCAUCAAGCUUCAACAGAUUUGAUCUUACCAACCAGAAACGCUUACACUGACAGAUUGGCUCCUCUUAGCAUGGCAAGUCCCAACUCCUACCAAGAUUUGUUUCUAAUCCCUGUUAACCCCUACACAGGCACGUCACCUUAUUUAGUUAAACUUUAUAGACGUAGGUUCGUAUUACAUCAGCCUACCUAGACCAUCCCCCCACCACCACCAACCCCAGCUCGGAAUUAUAAACUAUUAUUGUUGUAAAUUGCGGAAGAACUCUUUUUUUUUUCUUGUUUAUGUUCUCUGGUAGUCUGACAUUGUGGUUAUGAGUCAAUAAUAAUAUAUUGUUAAGUGGUUCUCUUUGCUUGUUCA